UUAAUAUAUAAAAGUAUAAAUAUAGAUUUGACAUGAUUUAACUUUAAAAUAAACCUAACUUGAUCCUACCUCAUCGAACCCAAUCAGGCUAUCUGAAUUAACACCUGUACAAGGACCAACCCAAUUUGAGCCACUUUGGACUAACUCAUUUUGAUUUGUUACAAGACAACCCACUUAUGAGUUAUGAUCCGACUUGCUAUUGGUCAAUGCUUUUGACCAACCCUAUAUAUUCGGGCUGAUCCAACAAUUGGCCCUUACUUUUGACUUUAGUUAUGACGCAGAACUGUAAUAAACAGUGCAACUCUGCAAUGUUUCUGAUUUGACUUUGAUGUUUCAUUGUCUUAUACUACUAAAAUCACCUUUCAAAUUAAAUCAACCUUUUUUCUUUCCCCCCUUUAUAACAACAAACCCAUCCCAUCCCAAAUUCAUCAUCACCCAAAAAAAAAAAAAAAAAAAAAAAAAAAAAUCUCUGUAUUUUCUAAAACCCUAGAUUUCUCAAAGAUUGGAACUUUGAAGAUGGGUCCUUCAGAUAACAAACACCCACAAUUCUUCAAAGUAUUUCAACCACAGCAAUCUUCUGAAAAUUUGAAGCUUCCACCUGCAUUUGAAGAGAAGAUACCAGCAAAAAUACCCAGCAGAGUGUUCUUAAAAAACAGAAAUAGUAGUAAGAGUUGGCUGGUAGAAGUGGGCAGAAUUGAUGGUAGAUUAUACUUUAAAGGGGGUUGGUCUAAGUUUGUCUUGGAAAAUUCCUUGAGUUUUGGAGAUUUUAUGGUUUUCAAGUAUAAUGGACAGCGGAUUUUCGAUGUUUUAAUACUUGGGAGACAUGGUUGCGUAAAGGAAUUCGUCGGGGCAGAGGGGACUGAAGAACUAGCAAACAAGGAGGAGGAUGAGGAUGGGGACGAGGAUGACGAUGAAGAUGAAGAGAUGCGCUACACAAUGUCUAGGAAUAUUUCAUCUAAGAAAAAUUUGUCCGGGCACAUUACAAACAGUGAUGAAGAUGAGGAUGAAGAUUUUAAGCCCACUCAAAAAUAUAGGAAAUUAUAAGAGAAAAAUGGUUAAGCAAGAGUAUUAUUGUUUUCAAAGACGCGAAGGGAAGAAGCUGGUGCAGAUUAUUUGUGAGUUCCUGUCUCAAAGCAAAGAUACUUGUGAAAUCAUCACCUCUGAUACUGUCCAAAGGCAACAUUUUUUUUUUUUUUUUUUGUUGUUGUUGUUGUUGUUGUUGUUGUUGAAAGACAAAGGCAACUAAUUUAAUUAACAAGUCAACUGUAUGAAAUGAUCUAUUAGUUUUAAUGAUUUUCCAUCAGAUUUGGAAAUGAAAUAUAACUUCUUUUUAUUUAUCACAAAUAUUUCUGUCAGAUAUGUAACUUGGUCAAAUAAAUGGAUAGCAUUAUUGUUAUUUCCUUUUUAAGUAUUUGGAUCUAGAUUUGCUGCUCUUAAUAUGAUUCUAUUUAUGGGUUAUCUUUCUCUAUACCUGAAAUGUCUAGUACAAGUACUUUUUUUUUUUU